AUGGAUUUAAUAAUUUUAUUAUUAAAUUUAAAUAAAACUGAAUCAAAUCUUAUCAUUCAAUCAAAUAUGUCUUUCAAUAAAGUUAUCUUCAGCAAAAACAUAUCGUUGAAUUUAUUUCAUACUAAUAGUAGUACUAGUAGUAGUAUACAUAAUCAAUUCAUAAAUAAUAAUAAUCAUAAUAAUCAUAAUGAUAAUGAUACUACGUCAACUAUUCAAAUAAAGCAUAAAAUUGAACGUCGUAGUCAUGUCAAACAACCACAACCACAAUCACAAUCACAUCAACACACCAUAAAGUAUCAUGAACCGGAAGAAGUUGUAUCACCGGAUUAUACAUUACCAUAUCAAGAUGUUCAAUGUAUGGAGUUUAUUCAAUCAACUGAAAUUAAAUACAUUAAAGAUUCAACUAUGUUAGAUGGAUUUUUCGGUAUGUCCAAUUUACCAAAACGACCAAUUGAAUAUACAUUUCAAACACCAAAUUAUCCAGCAUCUUAUCCAUUAAAUAUUGAAUGUAUUAAAGUGAUCACUGCACCCACAGAUCAACAUCGUAUUGUGCUACACUUUCGUGGAACGUUCGAAUUAGAGCCAGAAUCACAUUGUACCACAGAUUUCUUAGAAAUAAGAGAUGGGGCUUUUGGAUUUUCUACGUUAUUGGGAAGAUUUUGUUCUAAACAGGUGCCUGAUUUAGGUACUGGUCUGAUAUCAACCGGUCAAUAUAUGUGGUUACGAUUUCAUAGCGAUUCAACUAUUGCACAUAGAGGAUUUCAAGCUGUUUAUCGGUUUAUUCAAGCAGGUUCACACAAGUCAACGAACAGUGUUUCACGUGUACAAUUUCAAAUAAAUUUACAACCUGGACAAGCAUGGAAAUUAGAUCAAAAGUAUCUGUUGUUGAAAAUGCAAAAAUUACCCCCAGAAAUUCAACAAUUACCAUUAGAAGUAGCCUUAGAUAUUAGAUCAACUAAUGGAACAUUUAUCAUGUUACAUAUUGAUCAUGUACAAGUUCCUCAAUCAGCAGCAUGGAGUUGUCAAUCAGAGUCAACUUUUACAAGGUUAACAAGAAUUAAAUGUCUUACUGGUGAACCGAUUGUAUUUGGUCUAGAAACGAAAAUUAAUGGAAAUGAUGUUACAGAUUCAGGUUUAAACAAAUUAUCUUUACAAGAUCCUUCAUCAAUUAUCGAUGGACAACAUACAUUUUUUGAAGUAUAUCCAGGUAAAACAAUUUCUCAAUUUGUUCCACCAUGUCCUAAAAUCGUCAGAUUCUGUGAUAGAACUGUAGGUAUUUUAAAAUUACCAAAAAAUCAUGGUUCUGACAGAGAUUUUUACAUACGUUAUCCACGUCUUAUUAUUCGUAUGGUGAUAGCAUCGCCGCUAUUUAAACCGGAAUUAUUGGAAACAGUUAAAGCACGUCGUGAUGUGAUGCAUAAUGAAUAUUAUUGUAGAAAUUCUAGUGAUAAUAAUCUAUUGGAAAAUACCAAUAUGACAUCGUCAUCAUUUGCUCAUCUUCGCCGAAAUCCUCGUCAAACAGUGAACAGUGAUGAUAGCAUCAGUAAAAAAUUGCUAGAAUAUAUGCCACAAUUUGUCUUCGUACUAACAAGCUUGAAACGAAAACCAAGUGAUGGGAAAUCAUGUGGUAAAGAUUGGGAAGUAUGUGAUUCAGAAGUCUGUAUACCGAAAAGUUUAUGGUGUGAUAAUAUAAUUAAUUGUCCACAAUGGCAAGAUGAGGGAGUCCAUUGUAAACCUGCAAGCUCGCAUCCAACUGCAUUAGGUCCUGAUGGUCAAAUAAUACAAGAUACUAGCAAAAGUGCAUUUGAAUUACGAAAGGAACAAGAACAGCUUGAAGCGGAAGCAGAACGUUUGGCCGCCCAAAAACUACAUUUAUCUAUAUUAGCUAGUUUAGGCUUAUUGUUGUUGAUUGUCGCAUCAACAUGUAUAUUCAUGACUAUACGUCGUCGUCGACGUGAGACAGCACGACAAUUAGCGAAAUCCAAAGAAGACGAGCAAAAUACACAGUCAAACAAAUCUAAUGACAGACGUCUACAACGAUUAAACCAUGUUAUGUCUACCGGUGCGUUAUUAGAAGGAAGUAAUCAUUUGAAAAAAGAUUAUUAUUAUAAUAACAACAAUAAAAUGAAACCAGUAUUCACUCUAUCGAAUUCAAGUUUAACACACGAUAUUCAAUAUUUAAGUAAUAAUAAUGAUAAUAAUAAUAAUAAUAACCAAUCGAUAAUGAUGCACGAAUUGAAAUCAAUGAAGAAAUCUGGCAGUCGUAAUACAACAAUGAUUUGGAAUAGUACCGACAGUAUUAAUGCACCAUUAUUAUGGCAACGUAAAGCGGAUGAUAUGAAAAUAUCAUCGUCACCGUGUCAAAUGAAUUCCAACAAACAUCUCAUUAAAUCUUCAUUAGUUAAAUCGAAAGACAAUAAUAGGAAUUCUUGUAAAAAAUUAUCAAAUAAAAAAAUCAUUCCUAUCCACCAAUGUUCAUUUGAAAAAGAAACUGUUGAAUGUGUUCAACAAUUUCAAGGUGUUAAUAAUAAGAUUGUCAGUAAUCCUAUGAAUGAUUCAACUAGUUUACCCAUUACAACAGUAUGUUCAUUCAGAACAACUACAACAACUACAACUACAACAACAACAACUAAUUUACGUAACAAGUCAAGUCAACCAUCAUCAUUACAGCAUACACAUGAAUCAUAUCCAAUUUCAUUGUAUGAUAAAACUGGUUUUGGUGAACGGAAUAAACACAGUUUAAACUUAUUUGUACAGAAACGAAUCAGUGAACAACAACAACAACCUUUUAAACGAAGCGGAAACAAAACAGAAUCACAAUCUGUUUUAUCCAGUCCACAGAAUCAUGGAAAUUGGAUACCAAUUAGUAUUUAUCAUAAAGUAGACAACAGAGAAUUGUCAACGCCAACUACUACACACCAAUCACAAAUUGAUCAUGAAUUGAAACAGCAAAUUUCUCAUUUACACAGUACCAUAAAUCGUACACAAUCAUGGGGUGAUGGUUUACGCUAUGAUCAUAAUGUACAUUUAUGCUGUGGCGAUGAGAAUAACCGAUCACCAGCAUCAUCAUCUAUACAACAAACAACAAUUCAUAAAACACAAAAUUAUCGUAAUAAUUUCAAACCAUCACCUGUUUCAUCAGUACCAAAGUGUCAAUUAUAUUCUGUUAGUAAUAGUAGUCAAGAACAUUUAUAUCGUAUAAAACGAUCAGAUACUUAUGUCAGUAUGCCUGAUGUCAAUGGACAACAUCAUAAUAAUGAAUUAUCAAUUAAUAAUAAGUUUACAAAUUACCAUCAUAGAAUGUUCAACAAUGCUAAACCAAUUAUUCCGACAACAUCUACAACAUUAUUGACUUGUACUAGUGUUAAUACUUGUAAUAGUGGAUUGAACAGUAUGACUGUAUGUUCAACAACUUGUACAGGACAAUUAAUAACAUUAUCUAAAGAUUAUAGACCACCACAAGCUAAACGUCCACGUACAAUCAAUCCAUUCAUAUCAUCUAUUGUUACAGCAAAUCAUGAUGAUCAUAAAAAUCACACUAUAAUUAGUAAUGUGAAUAAAUUUUCUAGACAUACAACUCCGAUACAAAAUAAUAAUAAUAAUAAUAAUUUUAAUAAUACGAUCAUAUCACAUCUUGCUACUGCUAGCAGUAAUAGUAGUAGUAGUAGUUGUUGUAGUAGUAGUAAUAGUAAUAGUAGUGAUAAAAAUAGUAUCAGUAAUAAUCCUUAUUUUAGUGGUAGUGAACAUUCACAUGUACAUUUAGAUCCUUUUUAUAAACUACAUCCUCAUUCACAGUCUCCGCAUCAUCAUCAUCAUCAUCAUCAUCGUCAUCAUCCUCAUCAGACCAUUUAUUCAUCAUCAACUGGGAUACAAAAUAUUUCAUUAACAGACGAAACAUUGUCACAUGAUCGACGAAUUUACGGUUUAAAUAACUGUCAACAUAAUUUGUUAAUGCAUGGAUCGAAAAUUUCAACAGUUGACAAUAGUCGUACAAAUCUAGAAAAAUAUGGAUAUAGCAAGGAGAAUAAUGAUGACGAUGCUGAAGAAGAAGAAGAUCAUGGUGGGAACCGUCAAACAGAGGAAUUAAGAACUGAUCAUGUAGAUGACGAGGAUGAAGAGGAUGUAGCAACAUUAUCCAGGACAGAUUCCGGGAAUAGUUUAGAAUUGUUGCAGCGAGAAGAUGAAACAGAUAUGGAAAACUCGGAAAGAUAUUCACCAGAAAACUCACCAGUUGAUAAUUCAACUUCCCUAUCUGAAACAGAUGUAUCACAAAACGCUUGUAUUACACAUGAAGAACCAAUCAAGAUUACUGUUUAUCAAUCGGAACCUUAUGGAAUUCGAACAACAACUGGUUAUUCAUCAUUAUCACCGAUGAAAUCCGGUUCUUCGCAUUCAUCUCCAAUUCAUCAACAACAACAACAACCACAACACUCUUAUCAACAUCAAUAUCAACCAAAACAAGAAAUCAAUACAGAGAAAAAAAUGAAUCCAUUACAAAGUAGAUUCGAUGAUCAAAAUGCUUCUGAGACAUCAACUGAUCUAAUUUAUGAAUAUGAAGCUUAG